AUGUAUGUGACAAGGCCUCUUUCGAUGUACCGGAAAUCUCCACACACCCUUGCAACAAAACCAGAAGUUCCAAAUUCAGGUCAUCUAGUACUCACAGAUGAAGAAGCAGAUGCACAGGAUAUUCUCUGUUGGGCAAGUUGCGGAAUAUGCAAGCGAAAGAAAGUUAAGAAAUUACCAUUUCCUCAGGACAAGAUUCUCAGCGUUAUUUAUACAUCUGAGUACCAUGAAACAAGCACUACUAAGGUUUGGUUUCUCCCAGUUCCCUAUCAGCCUCUCUCUUCCAACUGCUACUAUGUUAUCAGAGCAAAAGGCAGACACAAAGGAAAAGCAUGCACAAGCUCAAGAGAGGGAGAUAUCAUAACCUGCUGCUUUAGAGACAUCUUGAGGGACAAGAAACCGAAACCUCUGAAUCACAGAAACAUAUACCAACAAUUCAAGAUUCAUAGACACCAAAGUGGUGGUUUCUUUGCCAAGUCUGUAGCUCCUGAUGGUGUUCCUCCUAAAUUUCUGAGAAGAAAAGGGUGGAAAGUUCGUUGCUCUAGAACUUCGCACGGGUCUCGAUUAAAUGAAGCUUUAGGCAUCGAUACCUCUCUUAGAGAAAAGCUUCCAGACUUCAAUUUUCCCAUCUUCAAUGUCCAAUUCCCUUCUGUUAUUGUUGGAAAAUGGUAUUGCCCAUUUGGGUUUGUGAGAGAGAAAGCAGGAGUGAAGCGCCAAAUGAAGAAAACGAUUCUGUAUUCACUGACUCUGGAGCAAUGGUGGGAAGAAAUUUAUUCAUGUGGGAAUGUCAACUAUGGAGGAAAUACUGUGACUGUGAAUGAAUAUGUGCAAAGAGAAGUGUCAUUGGUAGGUGGGUUUGAAGCAGUGAAGGAUGAUAGAAAUGGGCGUGGUGCGUUUACUUGGUUCAAAGUUUAUAACCCAUAUGGGAGGAAAGGAGUGGUGAGUGUUGGUCUUAGUCAUGAAGUUGUUGAGAAUAUGAAAUGGGUAUUAGAGGAACAUGGGUGGGUUAAUGGUGAAGAAAGGGAGGUGAAGGUUGAGAGGGUUGAAGAGUUUAGAAGUGAAAAUGGGUGGAGGAAAUUUGGUUGCUAUGUGUUGGUGGAGAGCUUUGUGUUAAGAAGAUUGGAUGGAAGUUUGGUGUUGAAAUGUUCCUUCAGGCACACAGACAAGAUUCGUUGCAAAUGGGAAUGAGCAAGAUACACAUAUAUAUACACGCCCAUAUAAGUAUUUCCUUUUUGUUUGAGUUCUGUAAAUAAUAUUUGAUUCCUAGUUCAGUGAAGGAUAAUCUCAAUGAAGGUUGUAUUUCCUGUUUUAAUUUCCCUUCCAGCUUUUGUAAAGCUACUUGUGAUGAAGUAUGUUAUCAUCUUGUCUUUGUAUUUUUGUUUAAAGAAAA